UCCCGCCUCUUCCUCCUCCGCCUCCGCCGCCGCCUCCGCUGCCGCUGCCGGCGACCUCCUCCGAAGGCAAUCUCUCGCCUAAGCAUCAAGUGGAAGAAUGUCGGGAGAAGAAGAUGUUGUUCCUGCACCUGAGGUUGUGGCUCCAGCUUUGGGUGAGCCUAUGGAUCUCAAUACAGCUUUACAAGUUCUGCUGAGGAAGUCACUGGCCCAUGGCGGUCUUGUACGUGGGCUCCAUGAAGGUGCCAAGGCCAUUGAAAAGCAUGCUGGACUGCUUUGCCUACUAGCAGAGGACUGCAACCAGCCCGAUUACCUCAAGUUGGUGAAGGCGCUCUGCAACGAGCAUAAUGUCAGUUUGAUCAAUGUGCCUAGCGCUAAGACGCUCGGAGAGUGGGCUGGUUUGUGUAAAAUUGAUUCUGAGGGGAAAGCAAGGAAGGUUGUUGGUUGCUCUUGUGUGGUUGUAAAGGAUUUUGGGGAGGAGACCGAGGCACGUCAUAUUGUUAUGGAGUAUGUCAAGUCUCACUGAGAUUAGAAAGCUUUGAGGCAUCUGGAGGGGCUUUCUUAGAUAGUGAUGAGAUUUUUCUGAUAAUUUUUUAAGGAGACAGUAAACCAGUGGACGUUUUUAUCUUUGUAUGCACCUCUUUCUCAUCUUCCUGAGCUGAUUGAGCAACUUAGAGCGUUCAACUGUCUUAAGGUAUUGUCAUCUUGUUUUCUUCCUAUCAAUAUUUGCAACAUUUUGACAUGUUUGGUUAUGAGCAUUUCUGGAGUCUCUCUCAGAA